AUGACUGGCGAACAUGUUGCUACCCAGGACCUGGAUAUCCGACAAGACAUGAGCGAGAACGAGCAGAGCAUUUUCCACGCCCUGCUCCACCCUGACGACAUGUACGACGCGACCGGAACGUACUGGGCCGACAUGCCUCUUGGAAAGCGCUUGAAGUUCGUCACCGCCGUCGACAAGAAGGAGGCACACGAGGAGGCCAGCUACUUCUGGGCCAUGUUCAAGAAAGAUCCCCUCGAGCCUAUGAGGCAUUACUUGCAGGACGUCAAAUUCUCGUUGGUAUCCUCGGUGACUGGCUGGGCCGUCGCCACGGUCUCAUCCAAAGAUGCUGUCAUCAUGUUCGUCGGUCUGCUCAUGCUGACUGCCGCCUGGGGUGUCACUCAGAACGGCUGGGUCAUCUGCUACGUCUGGGCGCUCUUCUUCUACGGCAUCGGUGUCGGCGGUGAAUACCCCAUGACUGCGACAGCCGGUAUGGAGAAUGCCGUUGGAUCUGGGAAGGUUUCGACCAAGGAACGACCGUCUGCACCGUGGCCGAAAGGUCACGAGCGCUUUCUUGAUUGGACCUACCGCGUUUCCUUUGCUAUCCCCGCUGUUGGUACGCUAUGGCUCGUCUACUUCCGUUACUACAAGAUGAAGUCUGCUUCCAAGCAGCUCAUGCUGUCAAAGAAGAAGUCCAAGGUCACUGGCUACGACGUUCAGUCUUUGAAGCUCACCUUUACCUACUUCGGACCCCGUCUCAUUGCCACCGCUGGCGCAUGGUUUGCCAACGAUGUCUUCUUCUACGGCAACAAGCUCUUCCAGAACGAGUUCAUCAAGGUCAUCACCCCCAACAACAACUCUGUCAUGACCGGAUGGCUGUACAACUUGAUCAACGUCGGCGUCUCGCUCUGCGGAUACUACCUUGCAUCUCUGCUCAUCGACAACAAGCUCUACGGCCGCAAGUGGAUGAUGAUUGUCGGGUUUUUCGCUGAUUUCAUCCUCUUCGUCAUCCCGGCCCUUUCAACUUCGAGUACUACAAGGAGCCCGCGCACGUCCACGCUUUCCAGGCCAUGUACUUCCUAUCCUCCUUCUUCACCAGUUCGGACCCAACAGCGUCACUUUCUUCGGUCGCUGCCGAGGUCAUUCCCCACGUCUGGUCCGCGCAACUGGCCCACGGGCUUCU